GAGACGCGACUCUAUAAAGACGUGUUUGAAAACUACAACAAGUACAACCGACCAGUUUUAAAGGAAUCUCAGGCUGUGCUUGUUGAAUUUGAUUACCAGCUUAUUCGCAUAAUUGAUGUGGUGAGGCGCAUCAGUUUAUGGAGUUCUUGUGUUUUAAUUAAUUCAAUUGGUGGAAAGUGAUUUCCUAAUGUGGCAUUUAGCGGCAUCCUCAUUACGACUGUUCACUCUGCUCUAGAGCCCUGUUUUAGAGGGUUCUUUCCUUUUUAAGGAAAGGCCCCGCAAAAAAGCUAACUGUAGUUUUUCUUCUUAAGAUGCAAACUGGCCCAUUUUAUGAUCAAGUUUCUUUGUUACUUUUUCGUUAGCUGUGUGUUGCUUUUUUUGUAUGUGUUCCUUCUUCGUCUUAAGAGAGAACUCGAUUUUUGACAUGCUUGCUCACAGAAACCCAUACUUAAAAAAGGCUUUUGGCAACUCGUCUCUUUCAAUUCCAUCUGAUAAUUUAUUCCAUAGCAGUGAGCUAAGGAAUGACUAUCAGAAUAAUAGACACAUAGAGCCAGUUAUUUAAACGAAGUUUAGCUAGUGUUUAACAAAACGCCGUUCUAAGCCAUUUUCAGUUUACCCGACGCUUUUAUCUAAACACCAUUUAUCGUGAAAAGUUUCAUGAAGCAUAAGGCUUAGACUGGAUAAGCACUUACUAUCGUAAAAUAUCCCACUAUGUAAAAGAUCCGGAGGUCCAAAGAUUUGCUAAACCGCAGCCUAAGUUAAACUUCGUUUAAAUAGCUGACCCAUAAUGUCUUAAUCAAUCUUUUUAGAGUGCAAAAGAUCAGUUUAUCAAGACUUACGCCUGGAUCAAUCAG